CAGCUGUAAUAGAUCAGCUGACACUUCAGCUCCACCCAUUUAUUACGAAUGAAAACUUCUCUAUCCAAGCAAUGAAAAAAAGGAUCCUGCCUAGAAAGCAAGAGAGAUGUACAAGCCCAGAGGGGUCUGAUGUAGCAUUGAAACUGUAAGCAAUACAACUAAUUCUUGUGAUGAAAAGAGCUGUGGUAUUACAGUCCACUUUGGAAACACGUUGAAGUCUGUCCAUUGUGAAAUUGGAUCCAUAAAGAACAAGAUUUUGAUUGUGAUACCUGCAUAUAAGAUCUGAACCAAAAAUGUCUUGUAUAGAUCCAUUUCAACACAUUACAGUGGAACACCAGUAUUCGCACAAAUUAACUGUGACGGUAUUGAAAGCCACAAAUGUUACAAAAGGGGCUUUUGGUGAUAUGCUUGACACUCCUGAUCCAUACGUGGAGCUGUUCAUCCCCUCAGCCCCUGACUGCAGAAAGAGAACAAAACACUUCAACAAUAAUGUGAACCCUGUGUGGAACGAGACCUUUGAUUUUAUUUUGGAUCCGAACCAGGAGAAUGUUCUGGAGAUCACAUUAAUGGAUGCCAACUAUGUCAUGGAUGAGACUCUUGGCACAUCAACAUUUAUUAUAUCCUCCCUGAAACUGGGGGAGAAGAAAGAAGUUCCAUUUACUUUUAAUGAAGUCACAGAAAUUAUUUUGGAAUUGUUUCUUGAAGUCUGUUCUUCAACUGACCUCCGGUUCAGCAUGGCUCUGUGUGAUCAGGAGAAGAUGUUUCGACAGCAGCGGAGGGAGAAUAUCAUGCACAAAAUGAAAACUCUUCUAGGAGCAGAAAACAGCAAGAACUUGGCUACUUCCCGUGAUGUACCAGUGAUAGCGGUAUUGGGUUCAGGUGGUGGAUUUCGUGCCAUGGUAGGGUUUUCUGGAGUUAUGAAAGCGCUCUAUGAAUCAGGAAUUUUAGACUGUGCAACAUAUAUUGCUGGUCUAUCUGGAUCUACGUGGUACAUGUCAACUUUGUAUUCUCACCCAGAUUUCCCAAGGAAAGGACCAAAGGAGAUUAAUGAAGAAUUGAUGAACUGUGUCAGUCAUAACCCACUUCUGCUGCUCACUCCACAGAAAGUCAAACGCUACAUUGAAGCAUUAUGGAAUAAGAAACGUUCUGGGCAGCCUGUAACAUUCACUGAUAUCUUUGGAAUGUUGAUAGGGGAAACACUUAUCCAAAAUAGGAUGAAUACCACUUUGAGCAAGAUGAAAGAGAAAGUCAAUGAGGCACAGUGUGCUCUGCCACUCUUUACUUGUCUCCAUGUCAAACCUGAUGUGUCAGAACUUAUGUUUGCAGAUUGGGUGGAAUUCAGUCCAUAUGAGAUUGGUAUGGCGAAGUAUGGCACAUUUAUGCCUCCUGAUUUGUUUGGAAGUAAAUUUUUUAUGGGAACAGUGGUUAAAAAACAUGAAGAAAACCCCCUGCACUUCUUCAUGGGUGUCUGGGGCAGUGCAUUUUCUAUAUUAUUUAACAGAGUACUUGGAGUUUCCAAUUCUCAUAAUAAAGGUCCCACCAUGGAGGAAGAAUUAGAAAAUAUUAGGCUAAAGCAUCUUGUGAGCAAUGAUAGUUCAGACAGUGAAGAUGAAUCACAGGGACCAAAAGGUUCUGAAAACCUGGAGGCUGAAAAAGAACUUCAAAGUAGCAGUCAAGAAAGCUGGGUCCAGCGCAUGCUGAUGGCUUUGGUGGGAGAUAGUUCCCUUUUCAACACCAGAGAAGGGCGUGCUGGGAAAGUACACAACUUUAUGCUGGGCUUGAACCUCAACACAUGGUACCCACUCUCCCCUCUAGCAGGCCUGGGUACUCAGGAAUCUGUGGAGGAGGAUGAAAUGGACACGGCAGUCGCAGAUCCUGAUGAGUUUGAGAGGAUAUAUGAGCCACUAGAUGUGAAGAGUAAAAAGAUUCAUGUAGUGGAUAGUGGGCUCACCUUUAACCUGCCAUACCCCCUUAUCUUAAGACCUCAGCGAGGUGUUGAUCUCAUAAUCUCCUUUGAUUUCUCUGCAAGGCCAAGUGACUCCAGUCCUCCUUUCAAAGAAAUUUUGCUUGCUGAAAAAUGGGCCAAAAUGAACAACCUUCCUUUUCCAAAAAUAGAUCCACAUGUGUUUGAUCGAGAGGGCCUGAAGGAGUGCUAUGUUUUCAAACCCAAGAAUACUGAUACAGAGAAAGACUGUCCAACCAUCAUCCAUUUUGUUCUGGCAAACAUCAACUUCCGGGAAUACAAAGCUCCAGGUGUUCCAAGAGAAACUCAGAGAGAGAAGGACUUUGCUGACUUCGAUAUUUUUGAUGAUCCUAAUACGCCAUUCUCUACCUUCAACUUCCAAUAUUCCAAUGAAGCUUUCAAAAGGCUUCAUGAUCUAAUGGAAUUUAACACUCUGAAUAACUUAGAUGUGAUCAAGCAAGCAAUGGUGGAAAGCAUUGAAUACAGAAGACAGAAUCCAUCCCGCUGCUCAGUGUCCCUCAGCAAUGUUGAGGCAAGAAAAUACUUCAACAAGAACACUCCAAGCACUAACCAUACAUAGGAUAUGUACUGCAGGUGCCACUCCCUCAAGAAAUUUGCUAAAUCUAUGUAACUGGAUUUGGACAUGAGUUACAACACACCAUUGCUCAGGUGAAGGGGCCAUGCGAAACUGAGAAAAGCAUUUUUUGUGAAAUUUAAUGUUUCACUGUACUUUGUACUUUUUUACAUUUUUAUUUUGCAUCUACAAACAUUUACAAAAUUCCAGCAGAAAUGGCCAUUUUUUUAAUUUAAAAAAAUACAGACUUGUGCAUGCUUUGGAUGCAAAGUAAUUUGGUUCAAAAUGCUCCUAUUUUUGUAAAACAUCUGCCAAUGUCAUGAAUAUUUUCUCUCAAUAUUUUCGAUGUUAAAUGUUUGUUAAAGUGGCGACUGUGUCCAGGUUCCUGGAAAGGCCACACUGAAAAUGCCACACGCAGGGCAGACUGCAAGGAACAGGAGCAGACAAUCCCCCAGACUGGUGGUUUAUCCUAUAAUUAGAUUCAUCAAACCAGUAACAAAACAGCUUUUGUAACACCACACUGGUUAACCAGAAGCCAAACACAAUCCCCUGUAAACAUUCCAGCCCUUGGCUCCCAUCCAGACAACCAAGUCUAAUACAGUGAAGGGUUAAUGAAAACCCAUUUCAUUAUAUGUGAGGUUCUUUCUAAUCCCAAAGGAUCAGACACAUACUUCUAGGUCAAUCUCACCCAAAUACUACGCUGUCAGCCAAUCUUUAGUAAACAAACUAAAGUUGUAAUAAUAAAAGAAGAGAGUUAUAAAUGGUUAAUAGAUCACAUACAUACAAAUCAUUCCAAGUCCUUAUAUCAGGUUUGUAGCAAUGAUGGAAUAGAUCAGGGUGGCCAACCUGUGGCUCCGGAGCCACAUGCAGCUCUUCAGAAAUUA